GCACUUGAAGGGUAAUGUUGUGUACACCUGAAUCCCCUCUGUAGUUGUUCUCCUGAAACAGACCAAUGAUGGUUCCAUUUCGAAGCAGCCUGGAUCUGCACCACAGUCUGCCUCACGUUGCACAUUCAGCAUCUGUCACUGGCAGACAUAGAACAGGGCCACAUUCAGUUGUAAAACAUUCUCCAACGUUACGGAUAGAAAUUCCGUGCAUAGAGCCAAAGUUAUUUCUUAUUCAACACAUACGAGAGGAAUGUUUGUUCUACAUAGCAUAUUUAGAUCUGAACGUCUGGCUCUACACGCCUUGUGCCCAGCCUAAACUCUACAAUGCUGUCUACACACUCCUUAUCACACUCUUACUCUGGGAUAAGAGCCACAGAAAGACUUGUGUAGAACAUAUGGUUUUACGUCCAUCUGUCCCUUGGCUGGAGCUGGGAUGUAAGAAGGUCCUGUAGAAAUGCUAAUGAUGUGAUAGUCAAAAUGAACCAGGGACAGAAGCUAUAGCAGCUGUUCUAGCAGGCAAAGUGAAGUUAGCAGGGUAGAUGAAGGUUGUGAGAUGCAGGAGGAGAGGAUGAAUAGCUACGGUCAAGGUGAUGCCGUUUGAAAGUAGUCAGAGGGAUAAGGUGGGUGGUACACGGUGGUAUUACAUUUUGGUAAGGUAACGCUGGGAAAGAGGAGAAGUCAGGAUUUAGCUGCACUGCAGGCAAGGUUUGUCUCGUCAAUAUUCUGACAGCAUUGGGGCGGCAGGUAGCCUAGUGGUUAGAGCAUUGGGCCAGUAACCGAAAGGUUGCUAGAUUGAAUCCCCAAGUUAAAAAUCUGGCAUUCUGACCCUGAACAAGGCAGUUAAACCACUGUUCCCUGGUAGGCUGUCAUUGUAAAUAAGAAUUUGUUCUUAACUGACUUGCCUGGUUAAAUAAAGGAUUUUCUUUUUUUAAAGCAUCCCUGAGGGAGUUUCUCUGGCAGGUGCUAAUGUCUGCACUAUUGAUAGAAAGCUGUCUGUUGAUGAGCAGCAGAUUUACUAUCUGUUCUCAGAGGAAUGAGGUUGCGGUUCACCAGAGAUCACAGGCUUCCUCUAACUUCAAUCAAACCCAAUCUUGGUUUGGACAGAUUGGAAUCUUAGGCUGCAUCAGAUGGGGGUGAUCAGUUCUUGGCCUGACAGUAAAGCUGAGAUGUGUCUUGUGGACAUGACCUUUUCUAUAGUAAAUAGUACAUCCAGAAUAUGGGUGGAUGAAGUGUUGGUAGUAAGACCAAAAUGGAAAUGGAAUCCAAUGCAAUACAAAACUUGGGAAAUAUAUUACUCAUUAGAACCGUACAAUAUUCUAAGACCUUUUACAUCUGGUACAUUCAUGUGUUAAAAUAAGUAAUUCGGGCUUUUAGCGUGAUUCUUAUUGACCAGCUUCUGGUUAAAUGUUAACGUGGCACAUUGUCAAGCUCCCUUCUGCUUCAGUUCCAUAGUGAUCUCCAGGCAAUCAACUGUUAUAAGUAAAUGAAAUGAUUCAAUUGGCAGCGAAGUUUGUCACAUGGUUAAUAACUCCUGCUGUAAAAUGACACAAUGUUCCCAUCUCCCCAGCAACAACUGACAACAGCAGCUCUAUCUGCCCUGCUGGUUUCCAGGAGACCCGGCCUUGCUCCUCCUCCUGAGGAGUGCUGAGGCUGCAGCAUGGAGCCCCAGGGGAGUCUGGGAGUGGAGGGGGACUUCAGCCUGCAGCUGGCGCUGCUGGUGCCCAGCCUCCGGAGCGAGGCAGUGACCCACGAGCUGGAGGAUCUGACUAUGCAGCCCAGUCCCAGCCUGCCGCCUCUCAAAGAGCGUAAGAACGUCCUCCAGCGCCGCCUGCAGCAGAGACGCACCCGUGAGCAGCUAGUGGAGCAGGGCAUCAUGCCACCACUGAAAUGCCCUGCUGCCUUCCACGAACAGAUCCGCAGCCUGCAGAGGUCCAGGACUGAGAACUUCUUGAAGCACAAAAUCCGCAGUAGGCCUGAACGUUCAGAGCUGGUCCGCAUGCACAUCCUGCAAGAGACCCAUGUGGAGCCCUCUCUGCAGGCCACUCAGAUGAUGCUGAAGAGAGCCAGGCUGGCUGAUGACCUCAAUGAGAAGCUGGCCCAGCGACCCGGCCCCAUGGAGCUGGUGGUCAAGAACAUUCUGCCUGUGGAACCCAGCCUCACCAAAGACGGCGUCACCGACCCCGCAGACGGUGAGGUGGAGAAUGACUUCCCCAAGCCGAAAACACUGGAUGUGUACAACUUUGACGAGGACAGCGGCGAUGCCCUGUCCCCAGAGCAGCCGGCCAGCCAGGAGUCCCAGAGCUCCUCUGCUCCCUCACCCUCCCCCAGGACCCCCAGGGUCACAGAAGCCCCUAUUGCCCUCUCCACUUCCCCACCGACCAGCUCCAUCACCAUGCAGCACUGCCCACCUACCUCCCAGUCCACAACAGAUUUCUUCAACUUCUCUCAUGUCUCCACCAAUGAGCAUCAGAACAAUCGCCUGGUGACCACGCCUCAGCCAAUCGCCAUUGUAGUCCCUCCAAAGCCAGGGCCCAUGUUAGUAAAGCAAAGCCAACCAAAGACACCCAAUGACAAGAGCCGCAGUAAAAAGAAUAAGGAUCCCAAGCCGCGGGUGAAGAAGCUAAAGUACCACCAGUACAUCCCCCCGGACCAGAAACAGGAGGCCAACGAGGCCCCCAUGGACUCAGCCUACGCCAGGCUCCUGCAUCAGCAGCAGCAGUUCCUCCAGCUGCAGAUACUGAGCCAGCAGCAGCAGCACUAUAACUACCAGACCAUCCUGCCUGCCCCACUCAAGUCGACGGAGGGUCAGAACAGCUGCUCCAACAUGUCUCUGAGUGGCAGCAGUCUGUCCAGUCCCAUCAUGGUCUCUCUACCCAGCGCUGCCCCAGCACGGUCUAACCAGACUCUGACAAACCGCAAGCCUGGUGUCCUACCUGCCAACCUGGACGAAAUGAAGGUAGCUGAGCUGAAGAUGGAGCUGAAACGGCGAGGUCUUCCGGUGUCUGGCACCAAGACUGACCUGAUAGAGAGACUAAAGCCUUAUCAGGAGAUCCCCAGCAGCCAGGCUGUCACUGCCAUGGAGCUGACAGGCCACACAGGGGCCCCGCAGCCUGAGAGCAUGAGCUCCACACCUCCUGUGUCCCCCGUGCCCUCGGAGGUCUCCAGCCUGGGCAUGGAGGAGGCUGGGAUGCCAGAAGCUCUUUCCCCAGCUCGGCCCACUCGUUCUGGGUCGUCUCCCCACCAAGGCAGCCUGGAGGACAGCCCAAUGGAGACCAGAACCUCAGAGAAGGACCAGCGACUGCACGAGAAGGAGCGUCAGAUCGAGGAGCUGAUGAGGAAGCUGGAGCAGGAGCAGAGGCUGGUGGAGGAGCUGAAGAUGCAGCUAGAGGGGGAGAAGAGGGGUCAGCCCAGCCCUCCAGCCCCCAUGGCCCUGGCCCAGGUCAAAGAAGAGGGCAGGGCUGCCUCAAACUGCUCUGCCUCUACACAUAGCCCACUAGCAGUGGUGAAACAGGAGAAGCCCAGCUCAGGCCAGGUACAGACGUCCCCCCUGCCUCAGUUCUUCAUCAGCCACCAGCAGGUGCCUCAGGUCCUCAGACAGCCCCAGCCUAAGACCUUGCUGUCUGGCCAGCCUGGAGCACAGAUCCCGCUGCCUGUCUCCCUGCCCACCAGCACAGCCACCAUCCAGCUACCGAACAACAGCAUUAAGCUGCAGGUCAGAGAGCCGGUCCUGCAGACCACAGUUAGCACUACAGCUCCAGGCCUCAUCCAGGAAAUAGAGGCCUCAGCACCCCACCAACAACAACACACCACCCAGACCCAACCCAUGCCACAGACGACAGUCCCACUGUGCACCACCACCACCUCAGGGUCUGGGUUCCAGUUCAGAGCAGGCCCAGGUCAGACAGAGAUCCACCAGUGUUUCCUAAACACCUCCCCAGGGAGAAGGUCCCCUGCCAGGGCCUCGUCCAACCAAGCAGUCCCCAAUGGUUCAACAAACAAGUCCCCCUCUGCCUGCCAGCCCAACUUCUCAAACCAUGUCCCCAAGAGUAAGGACCCGCCACGCUACGAAGAGGCUGUUAAACAGACGCGCAGAAUGCAGACUGCUGCACAGGUGCCCACUGCAACCAGUCAGCACAUGGACGACCUGUUUGACGUGUUGAUCGAGAGUGGAGAGAUCUCCCCAUUCAUCAGACAGGACCCUUCCUUUCCAGACAAGCUGCUUCCUGUGACCGCCAGCGUAACCACCCUGCCCUUCAACACGGUGCUAUCCCGCCCCCCGCCCCAGAUCCUGGUGGCCCGCCCGCCCGCCCCCACCCUUAACCCCCCGGCCCCACCCAGCCUGACAGCCCUGACCAUAGACAACCAGCUGGAGGCCUUCCUGGAAGGCACGCUGAAGGGGGAGACUGAGCCCCGGACACUGAGGUUGAUGGAAGAGCUGCACAGUCAGCUGCUGGAGCACUCGCCCCACUCCCCCAUGGACACGGACACCACCGGGUUCAACAAUGUCAGUGCACCCCCCUCCAGCUACCACCUGGACCACACCAACCUGGACAACAUGGAGUGGCUGGACCUGACCAUGCCUGGGCCGACGGGGGGGCUCAACCCACUGGGCCUUCCCCCGUCUGGGGUCUUCUCCUCUGACUUCCUGGAUUCCCAUGACCUGCAGCUACACUGGGACUAAGGGGCGUCAAUCCCCCCCCCCCAAACAGGCCUAUUCAGACAGAGGCCUGUCAGGGAGAGACACACACAUACUGAUAAGUGAGAUGGAGGGCACACUCCUUCUCCAGUGGAGGUGGGGGAGGAGAGUGCAGUACUGCUGGCCUUGAGUCCCUGUGGGAAGUUCUGUGCAGGGCUACAGCAGCACUGGUGGUGGAUCUCACUGCUCUGAGCAGAUCAGAGUGCUAGAGGCAGGACCCUCCUUCCUCACUGGAUAUACAGUGUAGCUGUUUCCCUCUGAGGUAUCGUCCCUCAUAACAGCCACUCAUUCUAAGGAAGGCUAAGCACCCGCUGGGCUGUGGUAUAGAUCAAUGGUAUGAAGAGGUUGAUCUCCCCCUGUGAUCCCUUUCAGAAGAGGACCUGGUCUGAGGAAGGGUGGUCUCUCCUGAAAUGGCGUUACAGUAGAUAGACUCAGGAUGAGAACUCGCUAGUGGAAACAGAUGUUGACCCAGGUGUUACGGAGAAUUUCACACCUGGUUCUGACUGCGCCAGUGGCAUGGCUACUGACUGACUUUCGUGUCACAUUUGACAGACAGCGCAGAGAGAUUGUAUAUAUGAUAAGCCUAUGUCUACAGUAGCAGUAGUCUGUCUGCUCUGCUGCAUACACCACUAAGGCAGCUGUAUUACAGUCAUGUAUAUAUGUAUGUAUGUAUGUAUAUGACCUAUUGGAAUGUGGUAUUAGCUUAGCAUUAUGGCUUUCAAAUAACUGCCUUUGCUUUACUCAGUGCCCCCAUGCGAUUCCCAUCACAUUGGAUGUUAAAAACACUGCACAUAUUGCAUUAUGCCUUAUAAGACCAUUUGCCAAAUAUCUUGCUAUUUUCAAGGUGUUGCUUUCACUUAAUUCAACUAAAGACUUUCCAAAGAGUACACAGAGUGAUGACGGAUUGUGUUGUCACUCAAACGAAGCAGGAGACUACUUGAAGUAAAGUGUUAACAGUAAGCAGCCUUAUAUCAUGUAAGAUAAAAUAAAAAGUGAGUGCAUGAAACCCACAUUUAGUAUCAUUGGUUGACAAUACGAGAGCUGUCGGCCUGAGAACUCUUGAAUUCAUUAGAAGUUGAGAGGCAUCACAUUUUUAGCAGCUGUUGUUCUUACUCUAUUCUUGUGUGGGGGAGAGUAGGGCCAAUGUGAGUUUAUUUACCAAACUGCAACGUGCUUUUCCUUAGUGUCCAUGGGGUCACAAUAGGUGGCAGAGCACCCCCCAGCACUGCUGUAGCUUGCCAGGCACAUGCCUAUGUCCUUUAUAUUAUCGACAAAAGAGCCUUUGAAAAUGUUCUCUCUCUCAACCCUAUUGUCAAGUCUGGAGUGGAUUUAUCCCAAUGUACAGAUCAGCUGAAUCCUGCUUGUUUAUGUGUGACAUGCAGUGCACCUGAGCUCGAGCUGGUGUGUAGAGCUGGUGUCUGUGUGCACUGCACAUCUGUGUUGCAUAUCGCUUUUGCUUGUUUUGACUCUAGGAACUGGCAGAAAUAGCCAGUAAAUUCCCCUCGGCAUUUCAAUGGCUCUCUUCAAUAUACCGUCUGACCUUAGUUGGCUGACAUACCGAGGACAAGUUGACAUCAUUCAGUUUGACAAGCCAAGGAGUCACAGUAAAUCAGCAGAGGUGGUUCAAGGCUGUCUUGUGCUUUUGUGAUCAGCUCAGCAAUAUAUGUGGCUAUAGUCUUGCAGGUUCAAAUGUAAGCAUCGUUAUUGUAUCAUUUUGUAGGCCUAAUGUGUCUCUAUUCAUGAAGCCUUAGUCCAGCAGAUUAUGUAGGGUCGGGAUUCCAGUCACUCACAUCAAGAGGCAACCUUUCGAAACACAGCAGUGGGUGAUCCAUAUGUACCAUCAGUACCAACAGAUGGGUAUUAAAAUGAUCUCCACACUGAUUUAAUGGCAUUGGUUUUCACUACUCACUCCCAAGUAUUUGUUCAGGUCAAAAUCCUACAUGAUUAUUGCAAUCGUACACAUGUAGUUAAACAUUUAAUUACAGUGACAUAUACUGGCCAAAGAUAAAAGGUGAAAGCAUUUGAAGUGUUGAAACCGACGGUUGAAAUGGGUUAAGGCAGAGGAGGUUACAGACGGGUUGACCUUACAAACGUUGUCAGUCUUUUUGUUCAAGCAGUCUCUGAGCUACGCCUUUAGAAACACAGAAACCUUUCUGUAAUUUAGUAGAGCCCCCCCAAAAUGGAAGAAGCUUUAAAACACUAUUCGGCAUGAUAAAGUUUGAGGCAUCAACGACAGCAUAAGCAUUCCUUGUAAAUACAUUGCAGACCGUGCUAAAGAAAUGUCAUUUCAAGGGUUUGGAUCAAUUCUAGCCGACCUGUCUGUCCCCUUCCAAGGAAAAUUACUUAAAGGUCCAAUGCAGUUGUUUUUAACUCAAUAUCAAAUACUUUCUGAGUAACAAUUAAGUACCCUACUGUGAUCAUUUUUAGUGAAAACAAUCAAAAAGAAACUAAAACAGCUUUUUAGGAAAGAGCCAUUUCUCUAGCAAUAAUUUUACUAUGACUGUCUGGGAGUGGUCUGAGUAGGGAGAGAAACUGAAACCUAGCUGAUGUUGGCAGAGGUUUGGAACUCUUUCUUAUUGGUCUAUUAACUAAUUUACCGCCUGGCAAACCAAAACUCCACCCCACGUAAACAGGCUGAAAUUUCAGGCGGCCUUUUUAAACAGCUCUAAAGACUGAAAGGGCAUUAUCAUCAUUUUCACAGUAUUAUUCCAACCUCAUAGUGCUGAAACACACUGAGUACAAAACACCUCCUCUUUCCAGGUGAAUCCAGGUGAAAACUAUGAUCUCUUAUUGAUGUCUCCUGUUAAAUCCACUUCAAUCAGUGUAGAUGAAGGGGAGGAGACAGGUUAAAGAAGGAUUUUUUUUUAAAUCCUUGUGACAAUUGAGACAUGGAUUGUGUAUGUGUGCCAUUCAGAGGGUGAAUGGGCAAGACAAAUGAUUUAAGUGCCUUUGAACAAGGUAUGGUAGUAGGUGCCAGGCACACCGGUUUGAGUGUGUCAAUAACUGCAAAGCUGCUGGGUUUUUCAUGCUCAACAGUUUCCCGUGUGUAUCAAGAAUGGUCCACCACCCAAAGAACAUCCAGCCAACUUGACACAACUGUGAGAAGCAUUGGCGUAAACAUGGGCCAGCAUCCCUGUGGAACACUUCAACACCUUGUAGUCCAUGCGCCGACGAAUUGAGGCUGUUUUGGGGGGGAAAGGAGGGUGCAACUCAAUGUUAGGAAGCUGUUCCUAAUGUUUUGUCCACUCAAGUGUAUAUAACACAGGAAACUCUAAAUGUUUUUGAAUUCACAGGGCCUUUAAGAGCCUCAAUGUCACACAUUUCUGUUAGAAAAACAAAGCAGUUUACACUGUGAGUGGAUAAAAAUGGGUAGCUAAUCAAAAAAACAUUGCCUGCUCCUGAUUGGUCUUUGUGCACAACUUUGUUUUUGUCUGAGCAUCAGUGCCCCAUUGAUCAUGUGUCCAAACUACAGAAAGGGAGAAUGAGCUGGAAUCAGAAGUCAUUUUAUUUGUACUAUACUAGUAUAGCCCCUUUCCUUGCAAUAGUGUAUUGAUACAUAGUAUGCCAUACAUUUUGCACAUUGUGUAUAUAUUUUGUCAUGCAUUUUAUUUAAUUUUUUACAAACGUAGCACAUGAGCUCUUUUCGUACAUUUUAUACAAACGUAGCACAUCUAAGCUCUUUUGUAUUAAGACUGUUUGGUGUAUACAGUAUGCGUACUACUGUAUACCCAUAAUGUGUGUAUAUAUAUAUAUAUGCCUUUUUGUGUCAAUAAAAAUGGUAAUGUA